CAAUAUAUGAAAAAAAGCCCAGGAGACCCCCCCGCUACAACUGCACUGGUGCCGCGUAAACUUCUCCGUCCAAUGGCGCCGAAGUACCCCUCGGACUCGUAGAACCCGCCGCCGGAGACCAGCGUCGACGUCCCCUCGCCUGAGCUGAGCUCCGACGGCCACCAACAGUCAGUCCAAGACGGUCACUUGUGGGAUGGACCGAGACGCCUUCCACGACAGCACGGAUGUGAAAAAGCCGCAUUGGACGCCGAUGGACCGCAGCGACCUGUCUUGGUGAGAUUUGACGAGAGACACAUGGCUCGUCUGCUGGUCGUCAUCCACUCCGCGGUCCUGUUGCUCUUCGGCAGCGACGUGUUCCUGGUGGCCGCAAACCGUCCACUAGCUCCCGUCAACGUGUCCGUCAUGCACCUGCGAGCUGACUCAGCGACUGUAUCCUGGGAGGUUCCGGAAGGAGAUAUAAUAAUUGGCUUCUCCAUCUCGCAGCAAAGGCAGGACGCGCACAUGCAGAGGUUCAUCCGAGAAGUCAACACCACGAGUCGCUCCUGCGUCCUCUGGGACCUGGAGGAGGAGACGGACUACAUCAUCCAGGUCCAGUCCAUCGGCCUCUAUGGAGAAAGCCAAGCAAGCAAGAAGGUCCAUUUUCGUACACUCAAGAAGACAGACCGCUUCCCCUCGAACAGUUCCAAUCAAGAUGACCCCGCUGUGCAGGGCCUGGACAGGUCCAGACAUCUGCAGACUGGAGAGGUCGUCAUCAUAGUGGUGGUCUUGCUCAUGUGGGCUGCCGUCAUCGCUCUAUUCUGCCGCCAGUAUGACAUCAUCAAGGACAACGACUCUGGCAACAAUAAGGAGAAGGUAAAGCCGUCGUCUGAGAGGAGCACGCCGGAGCAUAACAGCGGAGGACUGCUGAGGAGCAAGUUCCACCCGUCUGUGCCGUCCAUCAACAUCAUUGAAGUGUGACAGGAAGAAGACCCCCGUAGUCGUGCGCCAUCCAGCCACAACAUUAGGUACACCUGCACGCUCUAACGAGAUCCCACACGAGAGCACUGUCAAAAUUUUUAUUUUUACAGAUUUCAUUUAUUAUCAUUUUUAGCAUUUAGCAUUACUUCCGUUGCAAAGGCACAAUUUAGGUGUGCCUAAUGUUGUGUCCAGUGAGCGUAGGAUCUUUCCCUCCUCCACCAGGGUCCUGUGUCAGGUGUGUGCAUGCAACAACACAAACAUGUAGUACAGACCAACAAUGUUGCAAUAAGACCACAGCACAAUCUCUGGGAGUGCCAUCGGUUUUUGAUAUUUGCACGUGCAGUUCAGACAAAGUAGAUCACAGGAAAUAAGCACCAAUGUAUUAGUGUGUUGACGUCAAUGAGAGACUAUAAGUAGUAUUUUCUUUGUACAUAAAUGCAGACGUUUAUGGACUUGAUAGACGUGCAUGCAGGAAGUCAAAAAGUAGCCAAAUCUAAACAUUUCAUUUCAGAACUUGGACAUUUCCAAACAAAUGUAUGCACAAAUAAACCUUUAAAACGCUC